AUGGAGAACUCUGUAUGUAGCCACUUAAAGAAACACAGUCAAAAAGAUGUAGGAAUGCAAUAUGAAUUUUGUGGUUCGAUAAUUGAGGAUUAUUAUCAAGAAGUUUUGCCAGAGCAAAAAACCAUCCAGAAGAUCCUGGAUUAUGUUGGCCGAACAUACACAAAAUGUAUCCCAAUUCUGGAGACGGAAUCAGAAGAAAAAGAAGUCACCUCAUGCAGCACGAAGGAAACUGUUGGAAAUCAAGAACUUGAUAUAGUUCCUUCCUACGUAGUCACAAUAAUGACCAAUGCUCAAGCAACAUUUGGAGGACCUUUCUCUGAAUUGGAUCGGUCCCCAACCACUUCAGUUUUCUUUGUAAACGUUCCACUUGAUGCAAUGCUGGAAGAAAUAAUGCCUAUUUUUGAAGACUGUGGACCAAUAUGGAAUGUAAGAUUAAUAAUGGAUCCAUUGUCGACCCUCAGCCGAGGUUUUGGAUACGUAAAUUUCACCAUGAUGGAAGCCGUAGCCACAACAAUCGAAAUGCUAAACGGAUUGAGAGGCAUUUUGAAUGUCAUUUCGGCGGAAACCAAGCCCAACUGGGGAGUUUGUCUCGUGGAAUAUGACUCGAUCCAGUCCGCUGCUUUCGCAAAACAACAGCUUGGCACAAUCAAAGUGUUUGGUUCCGACAUAAUCGUCGAUUGUGCCGAUCCCAAUGAAGCUAAAAAGAACAAGGUCGUUGACGGCGCAGCAAAGCGAAAAACAAAAAUCGAUUCAUCAAAGAUUAAGGUACUUCAUGUCGGAAAUAUUUCAAAAAGAAGCAGCAUGGAACGUAUAAAGCAAUUGUUCGGAAAGCAUGGCCCCAUUCAGCUGGUCGAGAAGUUUGCUGACUACGCAUUUGUUCAUUACGAAAACAGGGACGAUGCCGCGAAGGCAGUAGAAGAUCUAAAUGGCCGCACAGUCGACGGGGCGAGUCUGACCGUGUCAUUCAAGUAA